AUGGUGAACAACUGUUACUCACUGUCCCGGAUUUCUGAGUUGUUGGAGUGGCUUCAGGAGGCGACGGUGUUCACAAAGCUGGACUUGCAUGGUGCUUAUAAUCUGGUCCAAGUCCAGGUGAGGGAUGAAUGGAAGAUGGCCUUCAGCCCCCGGUACAGACAUUUCGAGUACACGGUCAUGCCAUUUGGGUUGACCAAUGCCCCGGCAGUCUUCCAGCACUUCAUGAACAAUAUCUUCCAGGACCUUUUGGAUCAGUUUGUUGUCAUUUACCUGGACGACAUCUUGAUCUAUUCAACGUCUUGGAAGGAUCAUCAGCAACAUCUAUGCCUGGUCCUACAACAACUCUGGGAGCAUUGUUUGUUCACAAAGCUGGAGAAGUGUCAGUUCUGGCAGACUACCAUUGAGUUUCUGGGGCACUGUAUUCCCCCUGAAGGAAUUGCGAUGGAGCCGGGCAAGGUAGAGGUGCUGAGCAGUUGGCAACCUCCUUGGCGUGUGAAAGACUUUUUGCAGGACACAACCAUUCAUACCAAGCUGGAAGCUCUUUUUGUGUAUAGCUCCCUUCCAAAAAUGGAGAAGAAAAUCCAGAUCACCUCUCUCUAUGAAAUGGUCCCAAAUCAGGAAUAUCAGAACAAAGGGAUUCUUCUGCUAUUAUUGUAUUUCAAAUGGACCUGGAUCGGGGUUCUGGUUAAAGAAGAUGAGAGAGAAGGAUUUCAGCAAAACAUACUCUCCAAGUUUUCUGACUCUGAAAUUUGUGUUGAAUUCUUAGAAAAACUUAAGCCUUUUCACAUCAGCGCUAUUUUUAAUGGAAUGAAACACUUUUGUGAAUUGUAUGAUAUUAUCAUGAACAGCAAAGCCAAUACAGUGAUAGUCUAUGAACAAAAUGUUUUACUUUUGAGGGUGUUGUUAUAUUUACCUCAUAUGGAAGAAGUACUUACAAAACCUAAAGCUAAAGUGUGGAUUCUGGUCUCUGAACUGGAUCUUGCUUCCUUCACAUUUCAAAAGGGAUGGGAUAUGCAAGGCCUCCAUGGUGCUAUAUCCUUUGCUGCUUACUCCAAUGAAGUUCCAGGAUUUCAAACUUUCCUUCAAAAUAGGGAUCAUUUAUUCAUAAAAGAAGAUUUCUUUGUGAGAGAAGUGUGGGAACAAGCAUUUGGUUGUGAUUAUCCCUCAUCUAGGAUUGAAGAAGGUACUUGCACUGGGAAAGAGAGAUUGGAGAGCCUUCCAGCAACUCUUUUUGAAAUGAGCAUGACUGGCCAUAGUUACAGUAUAUACAAUUCAGUCUCUGCUGUUGGAUAUGCUCUACAUGACAUGCAGUCAAGUCUACAAAAAUAUAGAAUGCUAAAGAAGGGAGGAAAAUUGCAAAAUCAGCAACCAUGGCAGACUAUACCCACUUCUAUUUGUUCUGAGAGGUGCCAUCCUGGUUAUUUCAAGCAAAAGCAAGAGGAGAAGCCACCUUGCUGCUAUGACUGUAUCUUAUGUCCUGAAGGGAAACUGUCAAACAAGAUUGAUGCUAAAUACUGUUCAGGAUGCCCAGAAGAUCAAUAUGCAAGCAAAGACAAAAUUUCAUGUAUUCCUAAGACAGUAACUUCCUUGACUUAUGAAGAACCUUUGGGCCUUGCUUUAAUUAUUGUGGCCAUCUCCUUUUUUUUAUUCACAGCUGUGAUUUUUGGAAUUUUUUUGAAAAAUCACCACACCCCAAUCGUGAAAGCAAACAACCGAGGUCUCACCUACACUCUUCUCAUUUCUCUUCAGCUCUGCUUCCUUUGUGCAUUGCAGUUCCUUUUUAGACCUGGGGCUAUAAUAUGCCUCUUUCGACAAAUCACUUUUGGACUCAUCUUCUCAGUGGCUGUAUCAUGUCUCUUGGCCAAAACCAUCAUUGUGGUUUUAGCUUUCCUUGCCACCAAGCCAGGAUCCAGGAUGAAAAAAUGGGUAGGGAAACAAUUAGCAACCACCAUUGUACUUUCUUGCUCUCUUGUCCAAGCAGUCAUUUGUAUAUUGUGGCUGGCAAAAGCUCCCCCCUUUCCAGAAGCUGAUAUGAUUACAGUCACUGAAGAAAUUAUAUUAGAAUGCAAUGAAGGAUCAGUCUGUAUGUUUUAUUGCAUCCUGGGCUAUAUGGGUUUCCUGGCAGUGGCCAGUUUUAUAGUGGCUUUUCUGGCUAGGAACCUCCCCAGCACUUUCAAUGAAGCCAAACUAAUCACUUUCAGCAUGUUGGUCUUUUGCAGUGUGUGGUUAGCUUUCAUUCCAGCCUAUUUGAGCACAAAAGGAAAAUAUGUGGUAGCUGUGGAGAUUUUUUCUAUCCUAGCCUCUAGUGCUGGGUUACUCAGUUGCAUAUUUUUCCCGAAAUGCUACAUAAUUCUCUUGAAACCUGAGUUAAACCACAAGGAACUCCUCACACAGAAAAAACAUUAA